GGAGAGAGAGAGACGGGGAGUAGACAAGAGAGAGAGAGAUUUUCCACCAAGCUUUUUUUCUUUCUGCCCUUGAGCAUCCCGGGUAAACCCGAGCUUGUAAAGUGGGAGGAGAAGAAGGACGGGCACCAGCCCUUCCUCAAAGUCAAUAUUUUCACUUUUGAUACUUCUUCAAGCUGGAAAUCACGCUUUCUCUUUUUUCCCCACCGCCCAUUUCCAGAUCUAGGACACCGUUAUAUCCUGUGCAGUCAUCCGCGGUGUAAUAAAAAAGUUACCGGCAGGAGAAGAAAAUAAACACGGAGACCAGAUCAAAUCAGAUAACGGGAGUGGAGUACAGUAGCCUACACCUCGACAGGAGCGGGGUAGUGUGGAUGGAGUCGUGCAAGGCUUACGGCAGAGGGGCGGUCGAAUAAAGGGACACAGAGCAGCUCUACCGAAUCAGAUGAAUGUUCUAAGACAAUCACUGAGGCAAGGCUCUCCCUUAUCAUCCCUAGCGGGCAGCUCUCAUCUCUCCCAGCCGAAAAGGACCUCUGAAGUAUGGAUUUGUUCUGCUGAUUCUCCAACGACCCCCACCAUGGCAAGCGCAGCAUUGGCACCACUAUGGUUGAAGUAGAUGUGACGUUUCUCUGACUUUCGACGCCCCCUGCUCUAUUAUUUGUCACUCUUUUCCAAAUCCGACAUCGAAACAAACCCCACUCCUCCUCGGACCACUCUCGUGCCAUGCUCCGCCAGGCCGUGUUGCUCCUCCUGCACUGCUUUGCCUCCUUGACACUGGGCCAGUACGACCUGUGCAAGUCCCUGGUGAGCACGGACGAUGGCGCGGUGUGGGAGCAGUAUGCGUGCCAGCCCAAGGCCCAGUCCAUGAAGGACUACAUGCGGGUCAAGGUGGACCCGCCAGGCAUCACCUGCGGGAACCCGCCCGAGAGAUUCUGCACUCUGGAGAACCCGUACCUGUGCAGUGACGAGUGUGACGCCGCCAAUCCGGACCUGGCCCACCCUCCUCAGCUGAUGCAGGACCGCGAGCGCACCGGCCGCAUCACCUACUGGCAGACAGUCACAUGGUCCCGUUACCCAGAACCCCUCUUGGCCAACAUCUCCCUAGCCUGGAACAAGAGCCUGGAGCUGACGGAUGACAUCGCCAUUACCUUUGAGUACGGCCGCCCCACCAUAAUGGUGCUGGACAAGUCCACGGACCACGGCCGCACCUGGCAGCCCUACCAGUUCUACGCCGACGAUUGUCUCGACUCCUUUAACAUGGCACCAAAGCGUGUCCCCGACCUAUCGCCUGCGAAUAUUACCCGUGUCAUCUGCACUGAGCAGUUCUCACGCUGGGUGGGAUCGAAGAACGAUAAGAACGUGAAGUUCGAGGUUCGGGAGCGUUUCGCGGUGUUCGCCGGGCCGAGGUUGCUCAACAUGGACAGCUUGUACACCCGUAUGGAGAGUAUGAAGGGCCUUAGGGACUUCUUUACCUUCACUAACCUCAGGCUGAGGCUGCUCAGGCCGGCCCUGGGGGGAACCUACGUGCAGAGGGACAACCUGCUCAAGUACUUUUACGCUAUCUCCAACAUCGAGGUGCCCGCAAGGUGUAAGUGUAACCUGCACUCAUCGCUGUGCCUGCUGCAAGAGGGGAACCUCCAGUGUCAGUGUGAACACAACACCACAGGACAGGACUGUCAGCGCUGCAAGAAGGGCUUCAAGGCCAAGUCCUGGAAAGCUGGCUCAUACCUGCCCACACCCAACGGAUCUCCCAACACCUGUGCAAUUGCUGGUGCCCCCACGGGCGGUGGUUCUAACUGUGAGUGCUACGGCCACUCUAACCGCUGCAGCUACAUAGACUACUUGAACAUCGUGACGUGUGUCAGCUGCAAGCACAAUACCAGAGGACAGAACUGCCAGCACUGCAGACUGGGCUACUUCAGAAACAACUCUGCCGAACUGGAUGAUGAGGACGUCUGCAUCGAGUGUAACUGUAACCAGAUGGGUUCUGUCCAUGACCGGUGUAAUGGGACAGGCUUCUGCCAGUGUAAAGACGGCACUACGGGGCCCAAGUGUGACGACUGUUUCCCUGGGUACUACUGGAAACAAGGGUGUUACCCUAAUGUGUGUGACGAGGAGCUGCUCCUGUGCCAGAAUGGUGGGACGUGCUCCCAGAACCAGAAGUGUAUCUGUCCUCCAGAGUUUAAGGGCGUGCUGUGCCAACAGUCCCGCUGCGAGGGGGGCAAGGCAUGCAACACCGCAUCCACCCCCCAACUCCACCUCCUGGCCCCCCUCGUCCUGCUCUGCGUCCUGCUACCCCACCUUCUGGCCACAUUAACUGCACACUGAGUCACCUGCUGCACCCUCAAACACAGAAGGAACUGUUGUGUGUCUGGGCAAUCCCAGAGAAGGAAGAGUGGGAAAGGCCUGCUAGCUGGCCAAGGACCCUAUGAGCACACACAAACCCACACACACAUCACAAGACUGUUACUGACUCGGGGGAACCCCCCCUGCUGUGAGAGUAAAACGAGGGGGCAACUGAACAGAGAAAGAGAGAGAGACUUCAGAGAAGACAGAGGAAGACUGAGGAAAAUCAAGACAACCAACCCACUGUAUCUCCCUUUAUACGAGAGAACUAGAGGAAUCUCAUACCAAAAAGCAUUAUUAUUACUAUUAAACGAGCAAAUGAGAACACUUUAAAUCAUUCACUAUGAAGAAGAAGGGAGGGAGGAAAUGGCUGAUGUAACACAAGGACGUUUCCUUUGUCUUUGUUGAUUGAGUUAAUGCACCCCUCUUCUCUUGAGACCCUGCACUUACUGCUGCGGAAAGACAGACAGGGAUUGUGUUUGACUAGACUUGGGAGGAGGGCUGGGGGGCGGGCUAGGUCGUGUUUCGCUGCUGAGUAUAAACCAGGUUUCACGACUAAGACUCGAAAACCUGAGACUUGUUAUCACCUUCUUCCUUUUUAUGCUGCAGUUUUUUUUUAUUUCAUCACCUUCUUCUGUCAAUGUAUCUUAUGUGCCCACCGACAGACGCUGAGAUUAUACAUUUCAUUAUUACAAUAUCCAGAAGGUUAUCAAUAUUAAGAUUUUAGUCACUAUUAUGGUCGUUAUAGGAAUGAGUGUGUUGCCACUGUUUAGAGAGAUUUUAUCUUCACACAGUAUUCAGGAAUAAAACAGAAUCUAACAUACCAACAGUCUAAAAAUAGAGAGUAAAAGAGAGAAAGUAUCAAUAUUAUAAGACAUUAUUUGAAUAUUUUUUGGAGAGAUUAUUUUUGUUUGGAGUUAUAAUAAAUUAACUAUUCCAAAGGAGCAUUUUAUUACACUGUAAACUUUACAGUAAA